AUGCAGCGCAAGUACACCAACGCGCAGGCAUUGGCCGUUUACCAGGCGCUGCAGCAGAGCGGCGGCCUCAGUGCGCUUGAGGACGACACUGCCACGGCGCUGUACCUUUCGCAGAAUGCAGCGGCAACCGGCGAGCUCAACUUCACGCCUGGGCUGCUGGAGCGACUGACAAAACGACUGGACAAGGGCGGCAUGGUGUUGGACCCGUUCUGCUCGUACGACUACGCCGACCGCCGCCAUAUCCGCAAUUUCUCUAUGUCGAUUCCCAUCCCCUUUAGCGCCUUUGACGGCAUCCGCCGCAGCAAACAUCAAGUGCAGCUCACCGCGGCGCAGGAGGAAAAUGUACUGAAGUCAUUCAGCAAAUUACUUAACGGCGAGGACACCAAAAAGAACGGUGCCACUCCGCCGGCGAAAGGCGCACGCGAGAUCUCUGUGGCGCUGCCGUUUGUGAGUGCCUUCUUUGAUCAGCGCUGCCCGGAACUGCACAACAGCGUACUGACUGGCUCGCGCGAAGGGGCGACGUAUCUUCUUCUAUCCAUCAUCACUGGCCACAAAGAGCUUUGUGCUAAGUGCCUCAAGGCUGGCGCCAACCCGAACAACAUGUCGUUUCUUCGAGACGAGUCGCCGGCGCCGGGUGACAUGUUUCAUGGGUACAGUCCGGUGUUUAUGGCAGUGCUGGCGGAGCAGGUUGAUAUUCUGGAGCUAUUGUGCAGCAGCGGCGGCAGCAUCCACGUGUACGACCGCUGGGGUCGCACUCCUCUGCACGCUGCCAUGGCGUUAGAGAGCACCGAGACGGUGCAGUGGCUGUUGGCGAAGGGUGCACCCCUAUACGUGCCAGAUGGCUUCGGCAUUCUUCCGGCUGACAGCUGCGUCGGUACACAGUACGCCGAGUACUCGAUGCCCAUGUUGGCGCUGCAGGAGUCGCCAAAGUGCCCACCACCGAGUUAUUUCAACGAGGCCGCGAAGAGCUGGGCCACCCCGGAGCCAGAGAACAAAUCGAAGGCUGAGAAGGGGUCAACAAAAGAUGCGGCCGCCACGAGCUCUGAUGGCUCGGCCGCUGAGGGGGAGGCUAGGAUGGAGCCCUGCCGAUGUCACUCCGGUCGUCCAGUAGGGUUCUGCGGCUGCAUCGAUGAUAUGCUCGUCCGGUGGGCGCGCGACCGCCUUAGCACAGAGUGGAGCCCUGGUGUGAACUUUAGUGAACUUGCAAAGAAGCAGGCAGCUGCCGAAGAGGAGCGAAAGCGACCGACCUACGGCGCAGGCAGCAAUCGAGGUGGUAAGUCCUAA